AUCCAAUUGCCGGUGGGAAGUUUCAAAUGACGAUCCCUAUAGAAGGGGUACCGCGAGCAAUUCUAUUCCCAUCCAAUUGCCGGUGGGAAGUUUCAAAUGACGAUCCCUAUAAAAAGGGUACCGCCCUGUUAGGAGCCCAAGGCUUCCCUCAGUCCAACGUUAAUUGAAACCAUCAUCCCCUCGCUUCAGUUCGGUUCUGGAAGAAUCUAAAAACCCCAGCUCCGCAUCAAGAAACGUCGAAAGCCUUGGAGCUUCGCCGGAGACCGGCAUCCUCCUCCGCCGUCGCCCCGAAAGUAGCUCUCCCAUCAUCGGGAACUCGAGCAUGGCGUCCGCGGGCGAUUCUGUAGCAGGAGCGGUCGAUCCAAAGCAUUGGAUCGGCGAGGGGAACGAUCUCGAUGAGGAGAAGAAGGCGAUUUCGGCCAGAUCAGUCUUCAAGAACAAGUUCCUCCAUCACCAAGAACUCAAGCGCGAUGUCUGAGGGCGAUUCUAAGGCAGGAGCGGUCGGCAAUGGCGAUCUGAAGGAUUGAAUCUGUUGGGGAACGAUCUUGGUGAGGAGCAGAAGGCGAGUUCGGGCUAGACUUGUCUUCAAGAACGAGCUCUUUCAUUACCGAAAAUUCGAACGUGGUGUUCGAAGGCGAUUUUGAUGCAGGAGCAGUCGGCAAUGGCGAUAUAAAGAAUCGGAUCGGCGAGGGGAACGGUGUUGAUGAGGAGAAGAAGUUGGGUUCGGGCCAGCCAGAUUCGUCUUCAACAACGAGGUAUUCCAUCACUGAGAACUUGAGGACGGUUCUAUAUCAGGAGCCGUCGGCAACGGCAAUAGCAAGAAUCGGAUCGCGAGGGGAACGAUCUUGAUGAGGAUAAGAAGGGGAGUCCGGCCAUACUCGUCUUCACGAACGACUUCUUCCAUCACCGAGAACUCGAGCGCGGCGUCCGAGGGUGAUUCUAAAGCGGGAGCGAUCGGCAAUGGUGAUCUAAUGGAUUGGAUCGGUGAAAGAUAGGGUUCGGAAUGGUGAAGAGACUGCUGAGUUCGUGUGUAUAUCUUGCUUCUUCAACUUUAUCAGUGUUGGAGAAUUUGGAACACGUAACUUCUUCAACCACAUGUCUAGCUAUUUUUGAAUCGGAUCAGGAAGGUAACGAUCUUGGUGAAGAGAAGAAGGGGAGUUUUGCCAUACUCGUCUUGAAGAACAGCUUCUUCCAUCACCAAAACUCAAGCAUGGUGUUCGAGGGUGAUUCUAAAGGAGGGAUCGACAAUGGCAAUCUAAAGGAUUGGAUUUGUGAGGAGGACAAUCUUGGCGAGGAGAAGAACGGGACUGAUUAUCCAAAAAUAUAAUCAAGAUGCUAGCUUCAAAUAUUUGGCAUUUUUUUAUGGUGGCUCCCGCACUAUGUUACCAGGUAUUAUCAGGUUGGACUUCUAAUAAAUUGCUGGAGCCUAUCGAUCUGUUGUAAGUUUGGAAAAAAAAUUUUCUAUUUAUUGGGGUAGUGGAUAAAAUAUGUAUUCAAAUGUUCUCUGGUCAAAUUUGUAUAUUUUUUAGUUUUCUUUAAUCAUGAACCGCCUUAUGUUUUGAUCAUCGAUGUAGUA